AAAGCUCAGGUAGGCACCUUCCUUUUCUCUCACUUCUGACACGUCUGCAGUCAUUCCAGUAUGGCCACAGCCUCCUCUCCCCUCACAGACCACCUCCGUUGUUCGAUCUGCACGGAGGUUUUCACUGAGCCUGUGUCUCUCAACUGCCAGCACACCUUCUGUAAGAGCUGCAUCCAACAAAGCCUGAAGACCCUCCAGCAAUGUCCGUUGUGCGGAUCUUGCCUAUUCAGAGACUCAACCUUUGAAAUCAACAAGCCUAAACCUAAACCUAGACUUAAACCUAAACCUGAAGGGGUGGAACAGUCUUCCGAUCAUGGUGAAUGGAGACAGAGAACCACAGCAGGACAAGACAUGUGUUCUAAACACAAUGAAAUUUUGCAAUUGUUCUGUGAUACAGACAAACGGUUCAUCUGUGUUGUAUGCAGAGACGGGAGAGCCCACGCAGGACACAAGUUCAAACCUGUGAAAGAGGCACAAGAUGAUGUCAUGGAGAAACUAGUCUCUGACUUAAUCUACCUUCAAGAGGAUAUCAACAUGGUGGUCAGGUUCCUGGAGAGCGAGCGAGGCAUCACGGCGAACACGCGGGAGAGAAACGUCAGACUCAAAGCCGAGAUAAGCUCCCAGUUUGAGGAGCUCAGAGAGCAGCUGAGACUGAGAGAGGAGCAGGCCAUGAGGGAGAUAGAGGAUAUGGACAUGGACUUUGAGACUAAACUAACCGAGAUAGAGGAAGUGUUGGCAGAAGGCUGGGAGAGACAGGCCAUCUUAAAGUCAGCGAUGAACAUUGCUGAGCCCAGGGAGUUCGUCAUGUGGUGGACAGAAAAGGGUGAGGCCGAGGCGAGGCUGGUGAGAGAGGUUGGAAAACUGCAGGGACCUUUGAUGAGGAAAUGCCCCCCUCCCAGUCCACAGAAACCCUGGACAAUCCUGGGCCUAUCUGCUACACAGCCCAAACCAUCCGUCACACUCCCCAACUCAGUCAUGAUACAACGUGGCCCAGCCGGGACAGAGUUGCAGAGCCUGCUUGGCUUCCUGGACUCAGAGGGUCUGAAGAAAAGUCUUUCCAGAAGCAUUUCUCAACCCAAAUCCAACCAUUUAGUCUUUAAAAAGAGUAAAUCUAAAAAAGACAAGAGUAAAUUUCAUGUCAGUUUUUAGAUACUGAGUCAUGUCUCAAAGUGACUUUCCUCUUUACAAACGGAUUGUGCUCUUGUAAUCUGAUUACUUCUAUUGAUGUGAUUGAUUUGAAUGAAUAGUGUGUAUUAUUUUCAAAAGUUUUAUAGUAAUAGCUGUAUUGGUUUGAAUUGUGGCACUGAGAAACAAAUUAUUGUGUGCAUUUGGAAUGUGUAAAGAAGAUCAUAUAGAUUUUAGAUUAUAUUUAGAUGUUUCUUUUUAGAUUUUAGCAUUAGUGAUUAAUCAAAUCAAAUCAAAGUUUAUUUGUCACGUGCGCCGAAUACAACAGGUGUUGUAUAUCACCUUAUAGUGAUAAACAGAGUAGCAGCAGCGUAAAAAGAGGGGGGUUGGGGGUGGGCACACAAUUCAAAUAGUCCGGGUAGCCAUGUGAUUACCUGUUCAGGAUUAUUAUGGCUUGGGGGUAAAAACUGUUGAGAAGCCUUUUUAUCCUAUACUUGGCAUUCCGGUACAGCUUGCCAUGCGGUAGUAGAGAGAACAGUCUUUCACAAUUUUUAGGGCCUUCCUCUGACACCGCCUGGUGUAGAGGUCCUGGAUGGCAGGCAGCUUAGCCCCAGUAAUGUACUGGGCCGUACGCACUACCCUCUGUAGUGCCUUGCGGUCAGAGGCCGAGCAAUUGCCGUACAAGGCAGUGAUGCAACCAGCUCUCGAUGUUGAAGCUGUAGAACCUUUUGAGGAUCUCAGGUCCCAGGCAGGUAUAAUGCACUCAAUUCUCAAGAUCAAUGGAUUUAUAUGAAUACAUUUAAAAAAGUGUCAAACUGUGA